AUAUAGGGCCGUAUAAGGGACGACUUUGCUGUGAAGACUAUCAUCGAUGAGCUGAACAAGUUCCGAGGACAGUGCGGACUACUGAUUAGCUAUGAUACGAUCAGUGUGCCCCUGGUUUACACCCAGGUAGUUACCCUGGCCGUGUACUCAUAUUUCCUUACCUGUUGCAUGGGUCAGCAGUGGACAGAUGGCAAAGUCGUCGGCGGCAGCAGCUACCUGAACAAGGUGGAUUUGUAUUUCCCAGUGUUCACCACGCUGCAGUUCUUCUUCUACAUGGGUUGGCUGAAGGUGGCCGAGUCCCUGAUCAAUCCCUUUGGCGAGGACGACGACGACUUUGAGGUAAAUUGGAUGGUGGACCGCAAUUUGCAAGUUUCGUAUUUAAUUGUAGAUGAAAUGCACCAUGAUCAUCCGGAGCUACUGAAGGACCAGUACUGGGACGAGGUGUUUCCCAAUGAGCUGCCCUACACCAUUGCUGCGGAACGGUUCCGCGAGAAUCAUCCGGAGCCCUCGACUGCCAAGAUCGAUGUGCCGAAGAACGCGGCCAUGCCCUCGGGCAUGUCAUCUGUGCGAAUCGACGAAAUGGUUGGUAACAAUGGCAACGUCGCCUCUGGGUCGAAGCCGAUUGGCACUGAGCAGCCGCCGCAAGGGGCAACCAUGCAGACAGUUACUUAUGACCUUUCCAAGGCUGCGCCAGACGAGGAGGUUAGAAUCAAAACGUUGGCAGCAUUCACUAGCGACUCGAAGUAUUGGCACCAACUAAUCGGCUAUCUUAACUAAAUGUACAUUCAUGGCGUGGCGG